AGGCUGGAAGAAGGGAAGCUGAGCUGGCCUGGCUGUGGAGGAUGAAAGAUGCAGUAGCCAGGCCCUCCUCUUAAACCCCACCCGCCAUCCCUGGGCACAGGGGCUGACUCAGCCCAUUCUCUGGCCCAGAACCUUCCCUGUGCUAGACCCUGGGGCCUUUGUCCCAGUCAUGAGGUCUGAAGGGGGUGGGGACAAUAUUGAUAAAAGGCACUAGAAGCAGCUCCCACACCCUUCCUCAGAGCUGCUGCCCACAUGCAGCCCCGGACACAGCCCCUAGCCCAGGCCCUACCCUUCUCCCUUGGAGCGGUCCUGCGAGACACUGGACUCCGGGUGCCCGUCAUGAAGAUGGGCACAGGAUGGGAGAGCCUGCAGCGGACCCUGAAGGAAGUCGCCUACAUCCUCCUCUGCUGCUGGUGUAUCAAAGAGCUGCUGGAUUAAUGGCAGCAGGGAUCUGUCUACCCGCCGGCACCAUGGCCGGCAGCGCUCAGCACCCAGCCCAGCCCCCAUCAAGACUCCUGGGGCCUGCUGCGCCUGACCAAGCAUGGGCCGCAAGCAGCCAGUGACCUGUGAUCCUGCUUUGAGUCCGUGCCACCUGUCAGACCCGCCUCAUCUCUGGGCUUCCAUUCCCAGCCCCCACCUCCGGUGCACCUCCGGAGGCGCACAGGAGCUUGGCCUGCUGGCUAGGACCCCAGUCAGACCUGGCACUCCUCCAAGCCUGGCACAGUGAGCCCACCAGCCCAGAUGGCUGAUCUUACCACACCCUCUCGGUACCAGGAAUGGGCUGCUCCCCCAGCAUCUCUGCUUGAGAAUCACUGAACUUUAUAUACAAUAAAUAGGCCUUGAGACUGAAA